AUGAAUGGCACAACAAAACAGCGCUCGAGUAGACAACUAUAUAUUUACAGCAGGAUGGAGAUUGUAGAAAGAUUCAAGAACAAUUUGAUCCAGUCUUUCGAUAUAGAUUUAAAGCAUGCAAUUCGUCUAGUUCUUAUUGUUGGAGGCUACUAUUUCAUAAGGCAAAUUGCACAAAGAGAGUUGGCUAAGAGACAGCUAAAGUCACAGUUAGAACAGAAAGAUGCUGAACUGCAUGCUCAGCAUGAGGGUGAGCUAAACUCAGCAAAUGAUCUUGCAUUAGAUGAAGAGAGCACUGCUGACACAACCUCUUUUGGUUGGGGUAAGAAGACCAGACAAAGAGUCAAGAAGCAAGAAAAGUUGCUAGAAGCUGAGUUCAAGAGGUUACAAGAAAAUGCUGCCGAAAUUGACGAGGAGGAGGACAAGGAUAUUGAAGAUCUCCUAAUUGAUUAA